AAAUAUAAAUAGUUAAAUCCAAUCAACUUACAAGAUCUAAACUUUAAAUCGGUUUUUUUUAUUAUAAAGUCGUAUAUUUUUCUUUUCAUUUAUCUCUUCCUUACAAAUAAUUUUUAUAAAUUAAAAUGUCUGUAAAAGUUGACGGAUAUAAAUCUUCGUCCAUAUUUGAACAACUUAAAGUUAAUAUUAGUGAUAAUGAAGCAAAGAAAAAGGAAACCAUUAAGAAGGUUAAUGCAAUCUUUGAGUUUAACGUAAAGAAUAAUGAAGGAAAAGAACAAAUUUGGACAAUGGACCUAAAAAAAGGUGGAACGGUACAAACUGGUAAAGGUUCCGCUAAACCUGAUAUUAUCAUCAAUUUAACCGACGAUACCUUUGUUGAAUUGGCUUCAGGGAAGCUUAAUGGGCAAAAAGCUUUUAUGGCUGGUAAACUUAAGAUUAAGGGUAACAUGAUGUUGGCUACUAAAUUAGACGGAGUGUUGGCUACUAUUCCAAAAGCCAAAUUAUAACGUUUUAAUAAUAAUAGAACUUCCAUUAAUUGUAAAAAUAAAUAAAUAAAAUUGAAUAGAUUUGUUUAUUUGUUUAUGGUGAAUUAUUAAUUAAUAAAUUCCAUUAACCAAGCAUCUCUUCCAACUUCAUA